AUGCUUGAAUCUUGAUAGCAUUCUUUUUACCAGUACCACUGCUAUUUCAACAAGUUUAUCUCUUUCAAAUUUCUGGCAGUGGACAUGAACUCAUUGGCAUUUUCGGUUGGGAAUUACACUCCCAGAAACCUCAGCGCACCCAAUACAACAUUGCCCGCUAAGAAUCUUGACACAACAAAAGUAUCGAGUAUCAAAUUCUCGAGCCACAGCCAAGAAAACUUUUCUCGACAGCUGCAGCCGAAAGAAAGCCAGACUUUUUUCAAGAGAAGAGAAGCAAUUGGUCUUGGCUUCUGCGCAGGCUUUCUUGAUGUUCUCUUGCAACAACAGCUCACUGCAACAGCUGAAGAAGCUCCAUGUGAGCUAACAGUUGCUCCUUCGGGUCUUGCCUUCUGUGACAAAAUUGUGGGCACUGGCCUUGAGGCUGUCAAGGGACAGCUCAUUAAGGCACAUUAUGUCGGGAAAUUGGAGAGUGGAAAGAUUUUCGAUAGCAGCUACAAUCGUGGAAAGCCUCUCACGUUUCGAGUUGGGGUUGGUGAGGUCAUCAAAGGCUGGGACCAAGGUAUUCUAGGUGGUGAUGGAAUUCCUCCUAUGCUAGCUGGUGGAAAACGUAAACUGAAGCUCCCUCCAGAACUGGCAUAUGGCAUGAGAGGGGCUGGAUGCAAAGGAGGUUCUUGCAUCAUUCCUCCAGAUUCAGUCCUGUUAUUCGAUGUAGAGUUCAUUGGAAAGGCUUGAAACUUUGUUCCUGAUCAACUUCCCUUUUGAAUUGUGAAGAGAAUUACAUGUUUUGCUUGUUUCUUCGGAUUCUAAUAUCAGUUUGAGAUGGUAUCUUAAUUAAUUUCAGAUGGAAUGAAGAUAUUGGUGUAAUUCUGAGGAUGAAUAGCGUUGACGGAUGUGUUUGAUAAAUUAUAGGAGGUCCGCGGGCAUAUGAUUUCAUCAAUUAAUCGGAAAGUUGUAUGAGAUUUUGGUGGAGGUGAACCAACAUGUAUAUCAAAGGCUUUGUUAUUUUA